AUGAUAAGCAUUCGGCAGUCUGGAUUUGAAGACAAUGCCUGGAUUAAGUUGGAACCUCUUUCAACAAAAAAAUUUGCUUGGGAAGAUCCAUAUGGUCAAAAAGUUAUUGAUGCCAUGAUUGAUAGUGAUGGUAGAAAUAGUAUUUGGAAACUUGAUUUUGAAGGCACUGGGAUGUCUUCUGCAGAAGACGCUGAGUUAGGAUUGCAGUUUCAUGUUGUCGAAAUGGGUGAUGUCAAGGUUGGGAGGUUCACUGAUUAUCGAGGUUCAACUUCACAUGAAGAAAGCAUGUCUCUGACACCUGCUGGAAAAUGGGGAGCCUCACACAUGAAGAACGAGAUGCAGAAUGCUGCUGCGCCUGUAGAGCUUAUAGUUGAGCUGGGAGUGGUUGGGAUUUCUGUAGUGGAUCAUAGACCAAAAGAGCUCUCUUAUGUGUACUUGGAGAGAGUAUUUGUAUCAUAUUCAACUGGAUAUGACGGUGGGACGACAAGCAGGUUCAAGCUCAUACUAGGUAAUUUGCAGAUUGAUAAUCAACUACUCCUAACAUUGAUGCCAGUGCUGUUGGCCCCUGAUCAGGCCACUGGCAUCCAUCAUCCUGUAUUUAAGAUGACUAUUACAAUACGUAAUGAGAGCACGGAUGGCAUCCAGGUUACUGAUGAGGUUUUGAGGCUUAAUAUUCAUGAACCAAUUAUCUGGGCAUUGGUGGAUUUCUAUAACAACCUUCAGAUAGAUCGUCUGCCCCAAAGUUCUAAUGUCACAGAAGUUGAUCCAGAGAUACAUAUAGGGUUAAUAGAUGUUUCAGAAAUAAGGCUGAAGGUUUCCCUGGAGACAGCGCCAGCUCAGAGACCUCAUGGGGUUCUAGGCAUAUGGAGCCCAAUACUGUCUGCCGUCGGAAAUGCACUCAAAAUUCAGGUACAUCUAAGGAGGGUGAUGCAUAGGGACAGGUUCAUGCGAAAGAGUUCCGUCGGUCCUGCUAUUCAAAAUCGUAUUUGGAGAGAUCUGAUCCAUAAUCCCUUACAUCUGAUAUUUUCUGUAGAUGUAAUUGGCAUGACAAGUUCCACAUUGGCUUCUCUUAGUAAAGGGUUUGCUGAGCUUUCAACUGAUGGACAGUUUAUGCAAUUACGCUCUAAGCAGGUUGGGUCAAGGAGAAUCACUGGGGUAGGUGAUGGAAUUAUUAAAGGAACAGAAGCUUUUGCACAAGGUGUUGCCUUUGGGGUAUCUGGAGUUGUGACAAAGCCUGUGGAGAGUGCCAGACAGAAUGGAUUCUUAGGACUUGCUCGUGGACUUGGGCGUGCCGUCAUAGGAUUUAUUGUACAACCCGUUAGUGGGGCAUUAGAUUUCUUCUCCUUGACUGUAGAUGGAAUAGACCACCCCCAGAGGAUCAGAAACCCACGGGCUAUUCGUGCUGAUGGUAUUCUGAGAGAGUAUUGUGAGAGAGAGGCUUCUGGGCAGAUGAUACUUUACCUUGCUGAAGCAAGUCGACAUUUUGGCUGUACUGAAAUAUUCAAGGAACCCUCAAAAUUUGCAUGGUCUGAUUACUACGAAGACCAUUUUUUCGUGCCUUAUCAAAAGAUUGUUCUAGUGACCAAUAAACGAGUCAUGCUGCUGCAGUGCUUCAAUCCAGACAAGAUAGAUAAGAAGCCUUCCAAAAUCAUGUGGGAUGUGCCAUGGGAAGAGCUCAUGGCCCUGGAGUUGGCAAAAGCAGGCCGUCACCAACCUUCUUACUUGCUCCUCCAUCUCAAAAAUUUUAGGAGAUCAGAAAAUUUUGUUCGGGUCAUAAAGUGCAAUGAUGGGGAAGAAUCAGAAGGAACAGAUGGCCAAGCUAUUAAGAUCUGUUCAGUAGUAUACAGAGUGUGGAAAGCGUACCAGUAUGACAUGAAAACCCUUGUUCUAAAGGUUCCUUCAAGCCAGAGACAUGUCUAUUUUGCUUGGAGUGAAGCUGCUGGUAGAGAACCACAUAAUCCAAACAAAGCAAUUAUCAAAUCAAGAGAGCUAUCUUCAUCAAAUUAUGCAUCUGAUGAAGGGAGAUUUGUUAAACAUACAAUCAACUUUUUGAAGAUUUGGAGCAGUGAAAUAGAAUCAAAAAGCCGAUGCAGACUCUGUAGGAAGCAGGUGCCUCUACAUUUAUCAAGCUAUACUCAGUUUCAGAAGAGAGUGGAAUAUGUAGCAUUUGGAGACCCAUUUGUCCAGACGGAGUUUAUUUUUGUUGUUGAUGGUGAGCUUCUGUGCAAGGACAUUGGAAGUGGCUGGGGUGCUGAUUUCCCUUAUACCUUAUUUUCUCAUGUAACACUUUGUAAAGUGAAAAGGUAUAUCUCCAUUGGGGACAUAGCUCAUGUUGGCAGUCAUUCUCCAAACGUGGCUGCUGUUUAUCAGAAUAUUGACAGAUUGUUUGCACUUCCGCUGGGUUAUGACCUGGUAUGGAGGAAUUGCAUGGAUUACUACAAAGCUCCAGUAUCUGUUUGGCAUCCACGGGCUCCAGAAGGAUAUGUGUCUCCUGGAUGCGUUGCUGUAUCCAACUUUGACGAGCCCGAACCCAAUUUGGUAUACUGUGUAGCCGAAUCACUAGUGGAGGAAACAGAAUUCGAAGAACAGAAAGUUUGGUCUGCACCAGAUUCAUACCCGUGGGCUUGUCAUGUUUAUCAGGUCAAGAGUGAUGCGCUUCACUUUGUUGCUCUUAGGCAGACAAAGGAAGAAUCUGAUUGGAAGCCAAUGAGGGUGGCUGACAACCUUCGGCCUCGGUUACAAUCAUCAGAACCUCAGUGA